GCAUUUUGGUUGCCAUACCUGUUGAUUGAGUUAUUUUACAUUGGUAUGCCUGUGGUGCGGACGGACGGUCUCUCGGGCGGGCGGGCGGGCGGCGUACGGUCACGUGAUUACCAAAUUUUCUCGGAUGGGUAGAUUACUUCAUUUUCUUAACCAUAGUGCUCCGCAAGCGCGCUUCGCGCGCGCGAGCUACCCUAUGAAUAUCGAACUGACUUCAUAUAUUGAUAAUAAGCAAAAUGUUUGGUUUGAAGGUAAAGACAUUACCCGGAUCCUGGGUUAUAGUAAUACAAAAAAGGCCAUAUUAACACACACUGAUGAACACGAUAAACAACGAAUAUUUACUCCUCAUGCCAGCGGACCCAAAAUGGGGCCGGUGGCUCCAAGUGGUAGUAUAUGCACCAGGGGGGGGGGGUGGUGAACUUGGUAGUUUGUUUGUCCGGACGAUCUUGGCCAUCGUGACGUCACGAAGAGAGAAGCGCGCAACUUCGAGGAGUUUUCGAAAAUGGCGCCGUUGUCAUUUCCAAAUGCUACUUUUAAAGUUGGUUUUCCUGGAUAUUGACGCUCCAAAAUGGUUUUUGUCACGGUAGGAUAGUGCAGUUCCAACAUCUCUUUCCGACAAGGUGAGUGAAAUGUGUAUUAAUCCGAAAAAUAACGCGUAUGAGAGCUGUAAACAGUUUCGGUCAAUUUCCUCGAGUGGAAUAAUGUGCCGCAAAAGUUUGCAUGUUCGCACAGUAAUAUCGCAUUUUCUCGAAAUCGGUGAGGUGUUGAACAUCGAAACUUGGCAUGAGGAUGGGUUACUUCUAUUGGAAAGCAUUGUCUCUGAAGUUAAUUGAGAUAAACUAGCAGAAAAAAUGAUCAGUCCAUUCGAGUGUGCCAGCGUAGUCGCAGAACUGAUGCAAUUGUAUCCAUUACUUUGCUGUUAUCUCCAAUAAUGCCAAUAGUACCACCUAUUCAAGCUGUCUUUUCGGGAUAAGUAAACUUUAAAGUAGUUUCUGUUAGAGGGAAAGUAUAGUUGCAACAGCUCUUUCAGCUUUCCGAGAAGGAGAGUUAAUUGUAUUAUAUUCUGUUGAUAAUUACCUCGUAAACAGUUUAAGCCAAUUUUUUCAAGUGGAAUAUUUGUCGCAGAAAUUUGCAUGAUCGCAUAUUAACAUCGCAUGUUUUAGAAAAUCGGUUAGGUGUGGAAAUUCGAAACUUGGCAGAAGGGUAGGUCAGCAAUAGUGGAAAACAUUGUCCUUGAUGUUUAAUGGGAGAAAUUAGCAGUAAAAAUGAUCAGUCCAUUCGAGUGCGCUUAAUAUUGAUAUAAACAGAUGACCUCGACUCGGUUACCCCGGCACAAUGUAAGUCAAUUAUUUUUCGGUUUUAAGAAAAAGGAAACCAAAGACUUCCCUCAAGGCCUCAACACUAUGUAUCUAUAAUAAUUACACCAGAAAUAUAUAUUUUUUUAACACUUGAAGGUUGUACCAUCUUGUUGAAGCAAAGGAUAUUUCUCUGUAAUACCUAUAAGCUUACAUUAUGUUUUCAUAAAUAGCAAAAAAAAAUUAAUAAGAUUUACUUACAGCUCCAAACAUGUACAUCUGUUAUGCAUGAAGCAAUUUCAUAUCGUUCCACAUCAAUAGUUAGUGCGAAUGGAGUCAAACAUGUACAGUGAAACUUGCAUAAUUUAAGCGGACAUCUCAGAGAAUGCUGUAGUGCCCACUUAAUACAAAGUUUCUUCCUACUACGUACAGGUUUCAAUAGGAAAUGUCACAUGAGGCAGACCUGCCAACUCUCACAAUUCUGCUCUGAGUCUCACGAUUUUUUAACUUUUCUCACGGUCUCACCACAAGACUCCCAAUAACAUGGUUUUCUGGGAAAUAUUCUAAAUUGAAAUAUUACCUUGUUUAAUAAAAACAUAAAUUUUGUGGGGAAAUUCUUGUGCCUGGAUGAAGUUGUCUUAGACCAAAGAAAUGACUCUGCUGUAUGUUUCGUCACAGUGAUAACCUAUUUUCUGGCCUCUUAAAGUCAUCAAAGAAAAAGCGGCAUCUAAUUUGUUACAUAAGGGACCACACUAAAGCAAGGUUAUAUUAAAAUAAACAGUUUAUUCCCCUAAUGGAAAAGGGGUUGUUUAAUUUUGAUUGGGAAAAAAUAGAAUCUCACUAUACUUUUUCUAGAAUCUCCCGAUUUUUUUCCAUGAGUCUCCAGAUUUUCCUUUAUGAGGGGUUGGCAGGUCUGUAUAAGGAGCUAAGUACCAUUCAAAUAAAAGGCAGAAACAUUUGAAAUACUCCCAGAGAUAUGAUGAUAUACAUUUGCAUUAAUAUCUUUAUUUGUGCGGAGCAAAUUGUACCUCAAAUUUUAAGAUAUCAAAUGAGUAAAACAAGCUUUAUACAAACAAAAAUGAAAUGAGAAAGUACUGUAACUCAUUUAUAUAAUUUACAGAAGUCCCCUGGUGACACUAGCAAAGUGCUGAUAGGGCAAGACUCCCAAUCUCAUGGUUUUCUGGGAAAGCAAAAGGCAUCUUAAAAUAACAAAAUGCAGAUAGGGCUCAGCCAAACGGUACCAUAAUGACGUCAGCACGAAUGGAAACAGGCCUUUUCUCCAAAACUCGCGCCAUUCCCCUAUGGCUAUUUUUAUUUGCGUUUACUCCACCUCACCUCCCCUCCCCGUACCUGAUGAAACAAGGCUUCAACAAACAGAUAGGAUGCUUUUUGUUUUAAAGGAUGACCUCAUCAUAUUUUAUUAUCGUAGAGAUGGGGGUAAGAUAAGUUAACAAUAAUAGACAGAUUAUUAUAGGUCGGUUACUCAUUUUUACAGCUAUCCCUGGAAGAAGAAAUAGAAGUAAGGAGCUGACUGGCAGCCACUGAGAUUGAGGAGAGGAGAAAGGAAAUUGAAAGAAAAGAGAAAGAGUUGAAAGGAAAAGAAGAAAGGUUAAAACAAAAAGCAAAAGAAAUUAAAAACACAGUAAUAGAGGCGAAGCACCGGGUAGCUGCCCAACUGCAACGAAUGUUAGGGCAGCUAGACUGCUUGGCUAACCAAAUUCUAGGAGAGACCAAAAAGUUAAAGAAGAAGUAAAAGAAAAACACCAGUGUAAGAAAAUUUUAUUGAUAACAAACCAUUUCUUUUAAUCAAAGUCAAUGUGCAAAGUUUUUAAAUGUAAACAAGUCUAAGUCAGACCUGUUAUGCAAGAAAGAAAACACAUUUGUUCAGUAUAGAAAAAAUAAAAGGAAACUGGUUAUUCUAAUUUCUCGUAUCCUGUAUGGUCUCUUCUUGCUCCAUGGAAUCCACUCCAUCUAACAUCCUCCACUUCCUGCACCGCACUACUCUCUUCGUGGAAUCUAUUAUACUAGGUCUUUACAGACAUCCAGUAAGCAGCACCUCCUCCAUCAUACACUGAAUGUUUUUUCUCAUCAUCUACAGAGUAUCCCAAACGAAGGAAGCACCUAAUUAUAAAAACAGUCAGAUAAAAAGAGAUUAUUAUAUAUACAAAAGUCAAAACAAAAUAAAUCAAUAAAGGCAAUAUUAUCACUUAAAAUCCCUAAUUAUUUGUUAAGCAUCUCUUAAAUCAGAUAUUAUAAUGGUUUUCCUCACCUACUCCCUAAACUUCACAUUAAUAUAGGUGAGUUAAACCACAAACACCACCACCCCCCCCAAGCAACGGUAAAAAAAUAUGUCUCCCUUGAAUUAUAAAUUUUUGUUACUUCAAGCAACCUAUCAAGAUAAUCCCAAAGACUGGUUUCUAAUCUUAAACCAAUAGCUAAAUGAAUACCUUUCAACCUCACUGUAAUCAUACUAUAGCAAUGGCAAGGCUAUGUGAAAUAUAUUAGCAGAGGCAGUACAACAGCAAAUUUUAAAGAUGGGCUUUAGAGCUAUUAUAAUGGAACACCUAUAGUCAUGGAAUGAUUGUCUUUACUAAUUUCCGCCCACCAAGAAAUUACCACAAAGCUACAUCAGCUGGGUGAUAAAACUGUACGAGCAGGCCCCGAAGAUUGUUGGAACUGGACAGUGUCACUUGAUGUAACUGACAAUAGCAUGGAGUCCAAGUAAGUUAAAAAGCAUCAAUGAUUGAAAAUUAAACUGAUGCCCCUGCACUCCCACUCCCAGUAGAUCCCCUGCCUUGACAUUACCUAAUAAACAUACAUUGAUACUCAUGUCAUUUUCUGAACUUGUGUAGUUAUUGAACUAUAUGGUCAUUCUUGAACUUUGGUGUCUUUAUUGAACUAUGCAAAAAGGAAAACCGAAAAAAUGUAACAUAAAGAAGUCUCUUUUUAUAUUGUAAAAGUGUGAGAAGGGUGACGAUAUUCAUCGCAUGAAAAUCCUGCAAUUUUUUAUAUCCUUAGAUAUUUUUUCCCUCCCUCAUUUUCAAGAUGCGGACGCCCGAGGAAACACAUUUCCAAUAUUACACCAUUGAAACGCUUACUAGUGUCCGUUUUGUUGGCUUUUUCUAGUUUUUUUUUUCUAUUAACUCUGUAAAGCGAUUAAGGAGAAGCUACAUACCCAUCCUUUCUACGGCUCCUCCUCCUAGAUUCUCUGCAUAAAGCCCUAAAAAUGUUGAUGUUGAUAAAAAACUUUAGCUCACGGCACUUUACCCUAGUAAUAGAUUCUGUUUGACUAUUUACAGGAUAAAAACCAUGUUCUCCUUUGUUUGUGGGGCGAAGAAGCAAAGAGAAAGGCAAUGUGAACUUAUCUCCAUCAUGAGCAAUAAAUGUUUUGACAAAAUAAUCGUAAUUUAUCGUGAACAGUUGCAAUAUAAUAAGCUAUAAUAAUAUCCUUGGUUUUCGCGCGACGAUUAGAUUCAAUACGCUUUAUUAACAUUUUGAUACGUUUGACUCAAACAGGAAAUCCUUUCAAAACUCUUGGAGAUUAUAGCCCAUAUUCUAUAAAAAAAACACUUGCUUCUUACAUUUGUUUAGUUGUAAUAAAUUGUUUACACAAUUUGAUAGUCUAGUAUGAGCAUCAUGACGCUAUGUUUCGUGACCUGUCCACGCCACUUUCGCAAUUUUUGUAAACAUCCCUGAGGUUUGCGACUUUUAUCCCACUGAUCAUUUUUGCUAACUUAUUAGAUGACUCACUUCUAUCACUAAUUGAGAGACCCAUACCAUAUUAACGUCAUUUGUUUUUCUCGAGACUAAAUUCUGCUGAGCUCUUUAGUUAUGCGUCUCUAAAGACGCCCCGGUAUGAGUUGUACCAUUUGGUCGAUCUCGGGAAGUUCUUGAUUUUUUACGAUGGAAAUGCUCUUUCUUAGAAUAUAUUGCAAUUUUACUAUAUAGCAUUAAUAGAUAAACACAUACCUUCGGUCGUUUCAUCGCAACGUCUCGACUUUUACCUCUUGAAACCACGAAACAAUUUCGCUCGCUGAACCAUUUAAAGUUCCCGGGAUAAAUUUCUCGUGACGUCACGAUGGCCAAGAUCGUCCGCCGCGCGAUCCCUAUAGGAGCGAUUGACGAGUUCAUCACCCCCCCCUGAUAUGCACAUAUAUUAAUGAAUCUGGCUUUUAUUCCCUCAUCUUAUCCUCAAAAUUGGAAACAGCAAAAAAAUUCAAACAUUGGGUAACAUCACAAGUCCUUCCAUCCAUCAGAAAAUAUGGCCAAUAUAAACUGUUUGAUAACCCCUAUAAUAAGAUGAUCAUGAUUGGCAAUGAGACUGAUCUACAUUAUAAAGUAGUGGACAUGAUAAGAAGAUUUUAUCCUGACUCUAUAUUAGUAGCCGGUCACGGGGAAAACCAGGAUACUGAGGACAAGAGACUGGACUCAUGUAAAAAGCGAUAUAUGAAAGGCCAGCCAGACCCGCUGGUAUUCAAUUAUCAUAAGGACUUUAUAGGCCUAGGUAUAGAAUUCAAGAGUCCCACAGGCAAUUACCGUGUAUCAGAUGCUCAAAAAGAGAUGAAAAGCGGUACGUUAAUAAUGGCUAUGCAUAUAUCCUAUGUAAUGACUAUGAUAAGAUCUGCAAAGCAGUCCAUGAAUAUACGAAAGGUAUAA